ACUAGUAAAAAUGUAAAUAAGCUUGCUUUUAUCUAAUUCCUAAUACUUAACUAAUUCUUGUUAAUCAUUAUUACUUGGCCUAUGACUUUCAAUAAAGUUGCAAAAUGUAAUUUUUGAUUUCUCUCAUCGAAUAUAAAAAAUGGGAGUUGACAACAAAGCGGAGGUCCGUAUGGUAUGAUAUCAUGUGAAAGAGGCGUUGCAGGAGGCUUAACCAUGGGCGAUGAUAGUAAGCUGAUAUGGCAAGAAAUCGGUAUAAACAAUCAACAUGUCUGUGAGUCUGGUGGCGAGGGUCGCUAUCAGUUAAUAUGCGACAAAGCUUGGCUACAGGCAUUGGAAAAGCAGCGGAAGUUAACACCAUUCCCCAUCUGGUCGCAGUUGGAUCGGCGAGCCCAUCCCACGGGAAAGCUUGAGCAUCCGUGGACAAGGAUCCUGGUGCAAACUUAUCGGAAACAGGUGCAGCACAUGGUGUAUCCACUGCCAAGAUGUUCGGGAGCAAAUGGAGGAGUAUCAGGAGAAUCUAUAUCGGACUUGCCAUUGUCUUACUCCCAGGCAGUGGCCUUUGUGGCAAAUACGAAUUUUAAGCAGCUGUGGGAACAGGCAUACGAACAGUACAAGGGAGCCCACGUCAAGUUAUGCCGAGGCACUGGAAGCAGCACCAAUGCGUCAACGAAAAUCAGUCAAGCUGGCGGAUUGCAACUGCAGCCACAUGAUAUGGUUCUCAAAGAACUCAUCCAAAGGAUCUAUCAUUGUCCUGUUUUACGUGUUGCCGGACUGGGAGGAGGUGGAGAUGUUUCCCCUAUUCAAGAAAUAACUAGUGACUGCCAUGCCAAUAUCAUGCCCGCUCUGGUGGCCAUCGAGUCGUCCACACAUUACACUGUCUUCUUCUAUCCUCCCGCCAUGGUGUGCAGUCUAUAUGACUGCAUUACCUAUAGUCCUGCUCUGCUGGGCAAGAGCUAUAACAAGACAUUAUUUCUGAUCUAUCAGAUUUUACAAUUGUCCAAGCACUUGCAAGGUCAAGGCUUCUUUUUGGGUGACCUGCGAUUGCAGCACAUUGUGUUGAGGGAAAAUCUCUGGCUGCAAGUGUUGCCAUGCCUGGAAGCGAAUCUUUUAGAAGAUGAGCAAGACGGUGGAGCGGAUUUGGAUAUGUCACCGCUAUCACCUUUAGACACGCCAGUGUCCACUGGACCUGGAGACAAAUUACAUCCCUUCUCUAGCCCUUCCAUGUUUGAUCUGAAAUUGGCCUAUGAUCCGGCCCAGUUUAAUCUGCGUGAAUAUACGGAAAUGUGGUGCAAUGGCCAAUUGACCAAUUUCGAUUACCUAACCAUAUUGAACAAUGCGUGUGGUCGGAGUUUAACCAAUGCCUCGCAUCAUCACAUCAUGCCCUGGGUCACUGACUUUGCCGGACGCAAUGGCUCCAAUUGGAGAGAUUUGACACGAAGCAAAUAUCGCCUAAAUAAGGGCGAUAUACACUUGGAUCUAAUGUAUAAUCAGGCAAACAGUCAUCAAAAUGGACUCGAACAGCCAGGAUCGGAGCAAGUUCCGCAUCAUGUCUCAGAUUUUCUCUCAGAGAUCACGUAUUUUGUGUACAUGGCGAGGCGGACACCGCAGGCGAUUCUCUGUGCCCAUGUGAGACCCAUUUGGGUGCCAGCCGAGUAUCCAGUGUCGAUACAAAGACUACAAGAAUGGACACCAGAUGAAUGUAUACCCGAAUUCUAUUCGGAUCCCAUGAUCUUUAAGAGCAUCCAUGAAGAUUUGCCCGAUUUGGAAUUACCCAGUUGGGCAACUUGCCCAGAGGAUUUUAUAGUUAAACAUCGUGAGGCCUUAGAAUCGCAAUAUGUAAGUGAGCGACUCAAUCAUUGGAUUGAUUUGAAUUUUGGUUACAAAUUGAGUGGCAAGCCGGCUGUAAAAUCGAAAAAUGUGUGCCUCAGUCUGGUCGACCAGCAUCGUAAUCUCAGCCAGCGUGGAAUCGUUCAACUAUUCAGUCAAGCUCAUCCGCCGCGUCGUUAUGCCUCGCCCUGGUUUAAUAAGAUAGCACCACGUCUGAAUCAAUUGUAUGGCAAGUCCACAAAGCGUUUGGCCAAAAGCACUGAAAAUCUACAUGCCGAUCAGCCAAACAAUUCGAAUUCCAGUUCACCACGCAUGUCCUUGCGUCCACCUUAUGGUGAUAAUAGCGAUGGCUUGCAUUCCGGAUCAAAUUUCUAUAGCAUAACCAAUUUCAUUGAGCUACCAGAUCACUAUAAUCCCGCCCUGCUUCUGCAGAAUCUUGAAUCUCUCGAAUCGUUCUAUGCCAAAACAUUUCCACAACAAAAACCCACAGCAAAUCCGGAAGAGAAAAUGAUAAGCAGUGAUUUGUUAUUCGAGCAAAACUCAGCAGAUCAUUCGUUCACGAAUCAACUGUUUGCUGGAGAAUCUGGUGGAGAUUUGUCUGUGCCAACGAAGAAGAACAAAAAUUUCUUGAAGGAACAAAAGAAGAAUUGCCUGCAAGAGAUACUCAGUCAGAUGAGAGAGCGGGAACUGCAAGUUUUGGGCUGUUUAAUUGUGGAAAUGUUUGCCAUGUCACGUCUACGUCCUCUGCUAAUGGGCAACGGUCCAACAGCUAGUUUUGAGUCUCGUCUGGCAGCCUGCAGAUCGGUGGCGCAAUUGCAGCGUCAGGAAUUGCCCAAGCCAGUGCGUCAUGUGGUGCGCAUACUACUCCAACUGGAUGCAAAAGAUGACAUCGAUCAUGGCUUACCGCAGCCCUGCAGCCCCAGGCAAUUGGUGGAGCCAAUGUUUGCCAAUUUUCUUGUUCCGUUCCCUUCGCAUUAUAUAGCCGUUUAUGCUUUGGUGAAAUCUCUGCAUUCCUUUGAACUAAAUGCCACUCUGCUGGAGCUGCACACACAUUUCAGCUGCGAGGGCGGACGGGAAUGUUCCCGAUACACGGAAAUCGAUCGUCAGCGGGUUCUCUUCGAUCGGAAAAUUGCCGAAUGCAAGGUAAUGUCAUGCUGUGCCUAUGUUAGAAGAUUGCUGGAUCCCAUAGUUUUUGCCUACGAACAAUUUACGCCAGUGGAACUUAUUUUACCCCACAUCAUUGAUCUGCUGCGGGAUGAGCGGACUUCAAUACUAACCGCCUGGAAUCUAUUUGAUCCCAUUGCCCAGGCUUUGGGCAUUACGCAAACCCAACAGCAUUUGCUGCAACCACUUCUCAAACUUUACGACGUGGAGGGCUCUAAUCCGACUGAGGAUUGCCCAAACAAUAGCAAUGUAGGCUCAGGACACUUGCGUUUCUCCUCUUAUAGUUCGUUUAAGUCACGCAAAUCCGUGAAAUUAUAUCAUCAUAGCUUCUUAUUACGAUUGAUUGUGCGUUUUGGCUUGAGAUGUUUCCUUCAUCAUUUCAUUCCACCGCUAAUUGAAGCGGUCGGUGGUUACAAGGAACCCGAACAGGGCAAUGGCUAUCAUUAUCAUAGUGGUGGAAGUAGACGAACCAGCAAGAAUCUCAACUUUGCUGCCGUCGAGGAAGAAACGGAUCAGGAUAUAUCCACUAAUCAAGAAAUGAAGCCAGAUGUUGAGGAAUUAUUUACUUUCGAAGAGGAUCAAGAUAGAAUAUCAAAUCAAGAGACAAAGUCCAUUGAUUCAUUUGACAUGCGUCAACCUACUGCAAGUGCCGCAGAGGAGGCACGCGAAUCGGAAGACGAUGACAAAUUGGUCAUAAACGAUAUAAUCUAUGGAUCAAAAAUCUCACUAGAAAGGCUUUCACUCAAGGGUGUAGAUAUCCAAACGCCGCCACAAAAUUUGGGUCCACGAUCACCCACCAUUGAGAUUCCAUCGAUUGCGGCCGGUGGCAUACGACGUAGUUUCCAGCUGAGCGCCAUCGAUUGUGACAUUGGAUCGCGAAAAAGUGUAGAUAGCUUCGAGCUAAUCAGUCAAGCAGUGCAGCAGGAACAACAAGAACAGGAACAGCAAUCCCAGGCCCCCCUAAACGAAGCCUGUGAUUCCCUUCAGGCUUCGGUAAUCUCAAGGAUGUCGGAGGCCAAAGCUUUGCAGAAUAAUCGUAUAAGCGAAAUGAGUGCUGAAAGUUUAGUGUGGCUAUCGCAUCGAUUGGGACCAGUUCUUACCUCUCGUUACAUUACACGAAAUCUCCUAAAGCUACUGUCCCUAUGCUAUGUGGGACAGGAGAAUCUAUUACCUGAAGUUGAGGACAAUGGAGACUCAUCCUCUGCCUCGUCCUCCUCGCCGGAUGCUGGCAAUUUGAAUUACUUUAGCAUAGCAAAUGCUCGUGUAGUGGGAGAUCGCAGUGCAGCUCGUGUCCUGGAAUGCCUAAUGUCUAUAGCGGCACUUUAUGGAGAAAACUUCCUGCUCUUCCAGUACUUUCCUCAUAUAAGUGAACUAAUUGCAUUAUGCUCGAAGCGAAUCACUGGAAGUUUAGAGGGAGCCAUCAUUAGCUCCCUUCAAUUGCUCAAGUUUAUGGUGCCGUGUCUAACUGAUGUCACCAUUAUGGAGCAUUUGCAGCAUAUUCUUCUUGAUUCUAUACUAUUGCCCAUUUUACGUCUGCUGAGCUCAACAAAUCUCCUCAUGCCAAGUGGUUAUUUGGGGCGAUCUUUGUUGGCACGCAAAUUUCUGGAUGCCAUCUAUGCAUUAAGUGUGCGCCUAGGUUCGGAUAUGUCAAGGGAACAUCUCUGUCAGUCGUUGCUUUGUCCUUUCUUUUUGAUAUUCAACAAAGCAUUCGGUUUGCCCAACGAUUUCAGCUAUAAUUUGGCCAAUUUGAGUCUGUCAAGUGGCCAACAAGAGCGGGCUUUGGAGGAGUUGAGAGAUGUAUUUGGUCCGGAAUUAGCUCAUACAUCGUAUUUGGCUUUUCUUCGGUUUCUGGGCGAAGCCAUUAUGCAAAGAACAUUAACCAAUUUGGAGUUCAUCUUGACACUCUGCCAUGAACAUGAGCAACCAGGACUCAAUAAGAACAAUCAAGUGACAAACAUUAUACCGGGACAAGGAGAAGAUGUUAUGGAUGCAUCUUGCGAACUGGCUGCCAAUAGUUUUGGCACUCAAAUUGUCGGCAAUCGUCUGCAAGUGUCCAGUAGCAGCAUGGAGUUGCUCGAUAUGGUGGCCUAUAAACUCGAUCAAUUACCCAGUUCCAGACAUCUGAAGGGCAAUUGGUUGGCCUACUGGCGGCAUGAGACGACGCGCAGUGAGAAGGAUAAUCAAACUCUGAAUCUUAAGCAGAUACGUUUGCAAUCCUUUGUCGGUCACACCAAUUCUGUGCGGGCCAUAUACGCGUUGGACAACGAGAACAGUUUUAUUUCUGCUUCAAAGGAUAAAACGGUCAAGUUGUGGUCUCUGCGAAGCGAGGGAGACGGAAGGAAGACAAGCACAUGUCAAUUUACCUAUACCUGCCACAAAAAAUCCAUCCAUUCAUUAAGUUUCCUUGAUUCGUUGCGCUACGUGGUGUCUUGUGAUUCUGGUGUCCAUAUCUGGGAUCCGUUUAUUGGUCGACCCUUGGGCAUAUUGGAUGCACCGAAAUUCAGUGCUGUUACCGUAGUGAAAUGCCUGCCCUCGCAUUCGCCUCUGGUGGUAGCAGGCACAGCGGAAUCGACCGUAAAGGUUAUUGAUUCACGAUCCAUGCAAUAUGUAAAUGAAUGGCGAGUUUAUAAUUCAGCUCUUCCCAAUGCCACAAUACGCUGUCUGGCUGUUGCUCCCUCUGGAAAUUGGCUGGCAGCGGGUCUAUCUACAGGCGGCAUAGUUCAGCUGGACACUCGUACCGGCACCGUAUUAAACUCCUGGCGUCCCAUGGAGUGUGAUCUCCUGCAAUUGACUGCGCCCAGUGACCAGCUAUUGAUCAGCUCGGCUCUCGAUCACAGUUUGGCCGUUUGGCAUGCUCUCGAUGGUAUUAUGCAUUAUCAACUUAAACCUCCACCUGAACCGGCACAUUUCUUGCAAAGCGUUGGCUCUUCUUUGGUGUAUGCCACAACAGGAAAUCGUGUAGGUGUCUAUGCCGAUGUGGCCAAUUCGCAUGCCCUGAACUCGGUUACCAAACUGAGAUCGGAAACAUUCCGCGGUGUGCUUACCUCUCUAGCUGUGUUGCCCCUGAAUCGAGCCUUUUUGGCUGGCAAUGAAAGCGGCAAUAUAGCUCUAAUUUGCUAAAUAUACAAUAAUACUUUCAUAUAUUCAUUGUAUAUUAUGAUUUUGUAUUAUAGUUACAUGUAUCUGUAUUUAUAUUCAAUGGCACCAAAUAUUAUUUUAAUGGCAACUAACUAA